GGAGUUAAACCUUACAGUUGUGAGUUGUGUGGAAAGUCUUUUACCAAGGCUGGAAGCUUAAAAAGACACCAACUCAUCCACAGUGGAGUUAAACCUUACAGUUGUGAGUUGUGUGGAAAGUCUUUUACCGAGGCUGGAAACUUAAAAAAACACCAACUCAUCCACAGUGGAGUUAAACCUUACAGUUGUGAGUUGUGUGGAAAGUCUUUUACCGAGGCUGGACACUUGAAAAAACACCAACUCAUCCACAGUGGAUUUAAACCUUACAGCUGUGAUGAGUGUGGGAAGGGUUUUACCCAGACUGGACACUUAAAAAGUCACCAACUCAUCCACAGUGGAGUUAAACCUUACAGCUGUGACUUGUGUGGAAAGUCUUUUACCGAGGCUGGAAGCUUAAAAAAACACCAACUCAUCCACAGUGGAUUUAAACCUUACAGCUGUGAGUUGUGUGGAAAGUCUUUUACCGAGGGUGGAAACUUAAAAAAACACCAACUCAUCCACAGUGGAGUUAAACCUUACAGCUGUGACUUGUGUGAAAAGUCUUUUACCCAUCGUCAAGGCUUAAAAUCACACCAUAUCAUCCACAGUGGAUUUAAAGCACACAGCUGUGAGUUGUGUGCUCAGACAGGAGGACAAGAGAAGGAUGGGGGGAAGAAUGAGAAUGGAGCUCUUGUACUGCUGUGCUUCUUGUUGCUGCUGUUGCUUUCUUGA